AUGGCAACAAGCGCAGCCCAUGCCUCAGCGCCCGAUCUCCAGGAAAUCCAUGACUUCCUCAUUGAUCUGGCCACCCGGGCGGGGGCUGUGAUCACCGGUGCGAAGCCAUUGGUCAAUGGCGUCGACUCCAAAAAGAAUAGUAGGGCUGCUCCGCAAACUUCCAACGCCCGCCAUUUGCUUCGCAAUGCACCUGUACCUGUCCAGUACAUUACAUAUCGCCUGAUGAUGCAUAUUUGCUCGGAUCUCGUAACGGAAUAUGACCGCGCCGUCGAAGCGAUGGUCUCCAAGGAACUCAGAUCCAGAUAUCCCACAUUCGAAUUCAUGGGCGAAGAAACCUACCACCUCUCCUCCGUCCUCACGGAUGCACCAACCUUCAUCGUCGACCCAAUCGACGGCACCGUAAACUUCGUCCACGGCUUCCCCAACUUCUGCAUCUCGCUCGGCCUCACCGUCAACAGGCAGCCCGUCGUCGGCGUCGUCUUCAACCCGUCCACCGCCGCCCUCUACUCCGCCAUCCGCGGCAAGGGCGCGUUCUUCAACCGCACCACCCAGCUGCCGCUGAAGGGCGCCGCCACCGAGCCGCUGCGUGGCCUCCGCAAUGCGCUGAUCGCGGUCGAGUGGGGCUCUGAUCGCGUCGGGCGCAAUUGGGAGACGAAGCUGCGUACCUACGAGAGACUGGGGAAGACGGAGGAGGAGGGCGGGGCGAUGGUGCAUUCCAUGCGGUGCACGGGGUCUGCGGCGCUGAACAUGUGCGCGGUUGCGACGGGGGCUCUUGAUCUAUACUGGGAGGGCGGCUGUUGGGCGUGGGACGUGUGUGCAGGUUGGGUGAUCGUGACGGAGGCUGGGGGGCUGGUUGUCGAUGGGAACCCGGGCGGGUGGGAGGGCCAGGUUGAUGGGAGGAAGUAUCUUGUCGUCCGGCCGUCGCCGAAUGGGGAGGGCCAGAAAGAGAUCAUCGAGGAGUUUUGGAGCCACAUUCAGGGGACCUUUGAUUAUUCGCAUUGAGGGCGUCUCUCUUUUGUUUCUUCUUUUGUCUUUUUUUUUUUUUUUUGCCUUUACGGGAACGUAGAAUUCAGCUGAGAUGCGCUCCGAACACGCCCGGCAAGCCGUCAUGCAGCUGAGUAGAAGGAACAGUGUGGUUGUGGUUUAUGAUUAUGGCCCAUCUCCAAUCCUGUUCAUUUCUACUAUGGGGAAUACGCUCUUCAUGUGCCAUUGUUUGUGAUUUCGACAAUAUCAAAAAGAGAAAAAGACAAGGCGGGGGAAAACGAGAACUAGCUAAUCACUUAGGUAGUGGCUUGCUGGAGCAUUCAGAUAGAUACAAGUUUUUGUUCCAGGAUAUAGAUAGACGAGGAGGGUGAGUUUUUAGACGAUAGGAACUGGUUCUAAAGAAGGCUGGAAAAAGGUAACUAUCAUAGAAUAAGUACUAGUAUUCUGUCUUUUUGAAAUACCUACUGUAUACCAUGGAGCCAAUCUAUAUCGGAAUACAUUUGCAGCCAGUCAAAACGGGCUAUCAGCGCUGUAUGAAUCGCGGAUGGAUUUGG